AUGGAUGGUUCUUUUAAUGAAUCAAACGGAAAAGCCGAGGGGGGAGGCCUCAUACGGGACCAUUCGGGUAGGUUACUUGUAGCCUUUGCGUUACCGCUAACCGCACAUUCAGCUCUUGAGGCCGAGUUACUAGCCAUGCACCAUGGCUUGAUAAUGGCUAAGGAAUUCGUGAAACCAAUUUGGCUCGAAGCGGAUGCCGAGCAAGCAAUCAAAUUAGUGGAAGGAAAAGGCUGGGGGCAUGCACACAUCCGCCAGGCCAUGGUGCACAUAGCCCUACACAAGCCCCACCUAACACUCCGUACCACCUUCAUUCACCGAGAAGGAAAUAAGGCGGCCGACUACCUUGCGAAGAUGGGAUUGGAGUUAAGCAGUAGACAAGUUUGGAACGCCCAAGCCGCGCCGAUAGGCCUCAAGGAUAUCAUCCGAAUGGAGCAAAUGGGGAUCCCCAAUAUUCGAGUCUGGGAACAAGAUGUAGAGCAUGAGUAG